CACUUAGCAUCCCGUUCGGUUCGGCAAAAUCUCCUCCGUGCGCGUAUACUUCUUUCCGCCUUCUUGCCGCGCUGAUAAGGACGCGCCGGAUAAGGACACUCGAGAGGAAGGGCUCCCUGUCCUUCUCGGCCGCGAUGGAAGGGUAAACCGACGCGCGACGGAGACGGAGACGGUGCCGAGUGAGUUUCGCAUGCGAUUUCUCGGGAUCGACAGUGGAUCGCGCGAUCGAGGAAACAGGACAGACGAAGUCACCCUCGCGACGUACGUGGACCCACGACGGUGAUGACGAGAGGCGCGCCGUGUCGCUUCCUAGUGCUGCUGCUCUCGUUGGCGUCUCUGCGCGACGUUAACGCGUACCCGAAGUCGGAGACCCGGAUCGAGGACGAGGAUGGCCUCGAGCGAGAGCUUCGAGGAUCGUCGUGGCCCUUCGUCCGAUCGGCGGACGAGAACGACCUCGCGCCCCGACGAGAGGAGGCCCUGCAGAAGAUGCAAGAGAUCCUCGGUAUUCGGAGUCAGAACGAGAAUCUGGCCCACCGCAAGGUACCGCCGCAAUUCAUGAUGGAGCUCUACAACACUAUCGCCGAUCCCAGCGGGGUCACGCGAGGCCGAAAUCCGUACAACGCCAGAGUCGUGCGCAGCUUCGUCGAGAGGGACCCUUCACUGUCGCACUUCUACUUCUUCAACGUCUCGGGGCUGGAGAUGAACGAAUCGGUGCUGGAGGCCGAGCUGCAUCUCUACCGGAAGAAAACGCCGCCGAGGAACGUGCGUCCGCUGACGUCCGCGUCGCCUUAUUAUCUGAUAAGGGUGUACCAAGUCCUGGACGAUCGCAGUUUCGACGUGCCGGAGCUUCACAGAUUGCUGAGCGUUCGUUACGUCGGCGCGCACGCUUCCGGUUGGCAGAUAUUCAAUGUGAAACAAGCUGUCCUCGAGUGGAUGAGUGGCGAGCCGAAUCUGGGCCUCCUGGUGAUGGCGCAGAAUCUUUUCGAGGACGAAGUGUCGGUGGAGUUCUCCCGCCGCGACGACUAUCACCACAGCAAGCAGCCGAUACUGGUGCUCUUCGACGACGACAGCAGCGACCGGACCAGCGGAAGAUCGGUGGUCGCGCCGCAAUAUUACGCAUAUGGAAACCAGGACGAUGACAAUAGGAACCGCGGGAAGGGUCUCGUGUACGAGAAGGACGCGGGAAACGAGAAGAUCGAUCUGGAGAACGAUUAUGACAGCGCCGGGCACUACAGGAGGCACAAGAGGCAACGUAGAGGCGGCGGUCAACCCGAGGAGGUCUCGUUGGUGAAUAGACGCGAGCCGGAAUUUUUCCAGCGACAAAAGAAGAGACGCGAAGAAGAGGAGGAGGGGGAGGAUGGGGGAGAUGACCAGGGCGGAGCUUCUCGCUAUGGCGGUCCUCUGGAAGUAACGAAGCGCCGUCGGCGCGACGCGGACCCCUCUCGCGGACGCACCACCGGUGGUAUCGUGUCGAAAGGCCGCUCGCGGAUCACGCGGAUCCUCACGUCGAUGGACAUCUACGAGAGAGCGAUGUUUCGCGAGAGGCUGGGCCAAGCGGCGCGAGACAGAUUGGCGGCGGGGCGACGUCGCCGACCGGCGCGGUCGGCGAACAGCCAGAAUCCGACGGCGCCGGAGCAGCCGGGGAACGCGACCGAGUGCACGAGGCACGAGCUCUACGUGGACUUUCGCGACAUCGGGCUGUCGUCAUCGAUAAUCGCGCCGGCCGGCUACUCCGCGUACCAGUGCAAGGGCGUGUGCGAGCCGCCCCUCAGCCAGGACCAGCGGCCGACGAAUCACGCGACGAUACAGGCGAUCGUGCACAAGAUGGCCAAGGGCGUCGAGAGGCCGUGCUGCGUGCCCACCAAGCUGCUCAGCACCAGCAUCCUCUUCUACGACGACAACGAGAACGUCGUGCUCAAGAUGUACGAGGACAUGAUCGCCGACCGUUGCGGAUGUCGUUAAGAGGGUAGAAAAGCUGAUCGCGACACGCUUCCGAGGAGACGCGGUAUCGGCCGUGAUUACCCUAGUAGUACAGUGCAUUGACCAAACGUUGGUUACACAUUGACCCAAUAUUUGGUUGUACUGGGCCAAUGUUUAGCCAAUGCACUGUGCUGCUGGGGUAAGCGCUAUGUCAGGCAAACGGCGAUAGCUAAAGAAACUCGGGGAGAGGAGGAAAUCCCUGUCUAGACUCUGUAAUACACGGGAAUAUAUUCGAUAUUUCCACAAAAGUCAUCGAUUGCCAUGAAAGGUAUACGUGGCACCUCUUCCGCCUGCGCUGGUUGAGAUGCCCUUUGAAGCCCUCCUGAAUUUAUCGUAAACCUCCCUCUUCUUCGCAAUGUCGUAUAACAAGUUCCUGUACACCUCGGUUAUUUCUUUCAACUUUCUCCCAGCACUUCUGAUCUUAUCAGGGGGAUGAUAUCGUAAAGCUAACUUUCUGUAUAAACCUUUUUUUAUCUCCUCCCUCGCUCCCUUGGCAAUGCCAAGUAUCGCGUGGUAGUAAAGUCCCCUAUUAUGAGAUAGGCUCCUAACAGAUAGCGCAGUUUCUUGUUAGAUUGAUAGGCAUCAUCUGUUGGUCCCACUAUGAAUUUAUUGCCCUUGGAGUGAAAUCUGUUUA